AUGGAUUUCGCACAGUUACUACAACUUUCACUCUUUUCCCAAAUUCUCUCCUCCUCCAUGGGUGACCACGAUGACUGUGUUACUCAUCCCUAUUACUAUGUGUCUCUCGUGAUUGCCACUUUGAUCGGUGCUCUUACCUCCUACAUGUUUACGAUAAUGUACCAUCCUGAUCCAGCCUUAACUGCCGCCUCCGCUUUCGCUAAUAAUACCCAAGCAAACAGCGCUCCUAAUACUGGCGGCGGUCAUAAUACUGGUUCGGGCUCCGGUGGCCAUGCUACUUCAGCCUCCGGUCAAAACUCCGAUUCUAUUGCUGUCCAAGCUGCUGCGGGCUCCGGUCUAAACUCCGAUCAUUCCACCCGCCAUGUUUUGGGCCCCGGUAGAAGCUCCGGUGGACGCUCCAAUGCUGCUUUGGGCUCCGGUAGAAGCUCCGAUGCUACUUUGAGCUUCUACUCCGUUGCUACUUUGGGCUCCGGUAGAAGCUCCGAUGCUGCUUUCAGCUUCGGUCAAAAUUCCGAUUUUAUUACUAUCCAUGAAGCUGCGGGCUCCGGUCCAAACUCUGAACGUUCUACCGGCCAUGCUUUGGGCUCCGAUGGACCCUCCGAUCCUACCACCGAUCAUGCUGCUUUGGUCGCAGGUACAGACUCCGGUUGCCAUGCAACUUUGGACUCCGGUCCAAGCUCCGGCCCAACCACUGCCAUUGCUGCAUCGGGCUCCGGUCCAAGCUCCAGCCCUACCACUGACCAUGAUGCUUCGUGCAAAGAUCCAACUGCUGCUUUAUUCAACGCUACUUUCUUCAACGCUGUUCCAUUAUCAUCGGAUUCUGAUGAUGAAGCGCAUUGA